GCAAGUGGGUUUUACUCAAAUGAAGAUUUUGAAUUGGAUUCUAAAUGGCUUGUUGAUCCUCGUCAUCUCUUUGUUGGUCCUAAGAUCGGUGAAGGUGCUCAUGCCAAAGUUUAUGAGGGAAAGUAUAGAAACCAAACAGUGGCGAUUAAGAUUAUUAAAAGAGGAGAGUCUCCUGAAGAGAUUGCUAAACGAGAUAACCGGUUUGCGAGAGAGAUUGCUAUGUUGUCUAAAGUCCAGCACAAGAAUUUAGUCAAGUUCAUUGGAGCGUGCAAAGAACCCAUGAUGGUUAUAGUUACUGAGCUUCUACUAGGCGGUACAUUGCGUAAAUAUCUAGUGAGCUUGCGGCCAAAGCGUUUAGACAUUCGUUUGGCUGUUGGGUUUGCUCUUGACAUUGCUCGCGCAAUGGAAUGUUUACAUUCCCACGGAAUCAUUCACCGCGAUCUUAAACCAGAGAAUUUGAUCUUAUCGGCAGAUCAUAAGACAGUGAAACUUGCUGAUUUCGGUUUAGCUAGAGAAGAAUCAUUAACCGAGAUGAUGACCGCAGAGACUGGUACAUACCGAUGGAUGGCCCCCGAGCUUUACAGUACGGUUACGUUAAGGCAAGGAGAGAAGAAACACUAUAAUCAUAAAGUAGAUGCUUACAGCUUCGCCAUUGUCUUGUGGGAACUUAUACUCAACAAGUUACCAUUUGAAGGCAUGUCAAAUCUACAAGCAGCCUAUGCUGCUGCAUUCAAGAACUUGAGGCCGAGUGCAGAAGAUUUACCAGGAGACUUAGAGAUGAUUGUCACUUCAUGCUGGAAAGAAGAUCCUAACGAACGGCCAAAUUUCACAGAAAUAAUCCAAAUGCUCCUCCGUUACCUCACCACGGUUUCAUCAGCACCACAGAUCAUUCCUCCACCAAAUAGACGGGUUUUCUCAUCAGAAAACAUAGUUUUAUCACCAGAAUCUCCCGGAACAUGCUCUCUGAUGUCUGUCAGAGACGGAGAUGUUUCUCGUCAGACCCUUCGUUGCAGGAGCCAGAUGUUUGCAUCGAGGAGUCUCUCAAGACACUGCUCAAGAACUUGUAAAUGGUCCUUAUCUUCUCUUCUUCAAUCCGUUUCUGGCAGGAAUGUGGUUUUGUCAUCGAGUCCUGUUACGAGUAUUGGUAGCUCAAGUGAAGGUAAUUCGAAUUUGUUUCAGCCGUUGAUGAAUCAAGUUUUUAAGGGAUGGUGUCGAAGUAUGUCAACAUCGAGAGGAAGGAGUAUGAGGAGCAAAGUUGAGAGUAGAAUGAGGAAAGAGUCUGGUAAGACGUUAAGAGAGAUUAGAAGAGCUAAGAAGUUGAAGAAGAAACUCAUGACUGAUGAAGAAAGACUCAUUUACAAUCUCAAAAGGGCGAAGAAGAAAGUUGCGCUUUUGUUGCAAAAGCUUAAGAAGUAUGAUCUUCCUGAGCUGCCAUCUCCGGUGCAUGAUCCCGAGCUUUUCACAUCUGAGCAGGUUCAAGCGUUCAAGAAAAUCGGUUUCAAGAAUAAAAACUAUGUUCCUGUUGGUGUUCGUGGAGUCUUUGGAGGAGUGGUACAAAAUAUGCAUAUGCACUGGAAGUUUCAUGAGACUGUGCAAGUUUGUUGCGAUAACUUCCCUAAGGAAAAGAUUAAAGAGAUGGCGAGCAUGAUAGCGAGACUGAGCGGCGGGGUAGUCAUUAACAUACAUAAUGUAAAAACUAUAAUUAUGUUCCGUGGUAGAAACUACCGGCAGCCCAAGAACCUAAUCCCUGUCAACACCCUCACGAAACGGAAGGCUUUAUUCAAAGCGAGAUUCGAACAAGCGCUUGAAUCUCAGAAGCUGAACAUAAAGAAAACAGAACAGCAGCUACGGAGAAUGGGCGUUAACCCUGAAGAUCCGGUUGCAAUGGCUAGCAUCCAGAGAGUGGCCUCAACAUUCUUCAAUGCAAUCGACAAAAAGGAAGGAACCCCGUAUGUCUUCCAUGGAGGUAAACAAUCAGAACGAGGCGUUAGUGAUGACAAUAGAGAAGAAUCAGAACCGGGUGAUGAAGAUAGUGACCAGGAGGAGCUAGACAGAUUCAUAGCUGAGAUAGAAGAAGCAGCAGACAAGGAGUGGGAGGAAGAGGAAGCUGCAGAGCAAGAGGAAUCUGGUAGGAUAAGGUAUUGGAACCGAGAAGAGUUUGCAGGAAGAAGCAGAACACCUGAAUUGCGUAGUUAUGGAGAUGCAAGUCAUGGCUUUAGAAGAUAUGAAAGGGAUACACAUAGCCAGAGGAGACCCAACGAUAGUGAUGAAGAUGACGAAGGUGAAUUGGAUUCUGAGGAUGAUGAAAUUCCAAAGAGAUUUGAUAGAGCAAGAUCAUCAAACACAAACACAAGAAGGCCGAGAGAGGAUUUUAAGAGAAGAAGCCCCGAUCCUCGACCUCAGCCUCAAGUGAGGAGUGAUGACGAUGUAUUGAGUGAUCUUGAUAACACAAUGUGGGAUUCAGAAGAUGAAGAAGAUGCACCACCGGCUAAUUACAUUUCGAGCAGUGAUGAUGACGAGGAUGAAAACAGAACGAUAUCAGCAUCUUCAUCUAAACAACCGAGAUUCAGGAACAAUAGUUCAAGAGAUGGUAUCAACAAUUCAAAAACUAAGAGUGGAAAGCAGAGAGAUGAAGAUUGGGAUAGUGAUUAGAUAUGAAGACUUCGAGAUCAUAGAGUUUCUGAUAUUGUUAUUUGUCUUCGUUGGUGCCUAUUCUGAAUACUAAAGACUGAUCUAUCUAUUGUUAGGUUCAGUUUCUGAUAACUCAGUGAAAGAUAAAGAACAUGAUAAGCCAAAUUCUGUUCUUUGCAUAUGUAAUUCAGAUUAUGGUAUCACAAUAGCAAAUUAAGAUGAUUUGUAUGA